UAAGACUCGAUCGCGCGCAGUAGCGGUGUUUAUUUACGUUCGUCGUCAUCAGUGUCGCGACUAAUUAAUUGCGCGUAUCGGCGCGUACGCGCGUAAAUCGAGCUCGACGCAAUCGCGCACGCGAGUGCACGACGCGACGGCGGGAAGAAGAAGCGUGACGGGCGAAGAGCGAGCAGAGUCGGUUAAAACACGAACACGCGCCAUCGCGUCGCAUCAUCGUUCGUCGCCAUCACCGUCGUCAUCAUCAUCAUCAUCAUCGUCGUCGUCGUCGUCGUCGUCGUCGUCGUCGUCGUCGUCGUUAACGUCGACUACUACGUUCUAACCUCAUCGAAUCUGAGCGCCCAUCGGGCCCGCACGGCAUCGCCGUGUGCGUCACGUUCGUUCCUGAAUGCGCUGUCAAUGCACGGCCGUUCGGCAAGAUGCCGUAUUCACGAUAAAUCUGGACAACUGCGAGACACCUAACAUGACCGACGACACACUGCCGGCGAGCCUGCAGAGGCUUCACAUUGAUCGUCUGUCGACGAGUUGUCCGCACAUCGCAACGACAGAUAAGCCGAAGACGCCCAACCCGUUCCGGACGCUCAGCAGAAUGUACACGAGCGCCAGCGACAACAGCUGGUUGUUCCGCAGAAGGUCCAUGCCCAACAGGCCUACCGUGUUCGCGGCGAAUCCGCGUGGCAUCAAGAGUACAACGAACUUCAAGCCGUCUAAGAGCGAGAGAGUAGCGGUGGAGAAGAGCAAACGGGGUGCCGUCCUGCGCGAAGCUAUACUGAAGUUGAACGCCCCCGGCGCCGGCUGCCUUAGUGAUAACUUAGUGGACACGCUCAAGAACUCGUGUAAGUUCAGUAUUUCCAGUAAGAGUUCCAAGAGAAUCGAGUCCGAGCCGACGACGAAGGACCUCAAGGAGCUGGAGAUGCGUCGGGAUUGCAGACAGACCAAGGACGACACCAGUAUUCAGGACGACGACUACGAAGCUAGUGGCUAUCAGCGCACCCGCAGCAACACGAUGCCGAGCCUGAAGAGAGGCCCCGGACCGGGCGGAGGUCAAGCUUCCUCCACGAGCAGCGGACAAACGGACGCGGCUGGCUCAUCCGGUGGCCAACCUUCGAGUACGAACACUUGUUCGGUGCAGGCGCGAAUAUCGCCACCCUCGUGCGACAUCACGAUCGGAGAGCUCGCCAGCUACUUCGAGGAGUUCGUCCAUAUUCCAAAGAAGAUGUCGCACAUGGCGGAGAUGAUGUACACUUAAUUGUAAAGUAUAUACACACACACACAAACACACACACACACACAUAUAUAUAUAUAUACAUAUACAUAACUCUCUCAAAUCGCAAACUCAUCUUUCAGAACACAGUUGCCGUGGGCUGUGUGUAUAUAAAAUCUAAUCUCUCCGAUCAUAAUAACGAUACCGUAAGCAGGCGGGCAUGCGACUGCUCGCAUGUGUGCGUGCAUUUGUUCGUUUGUCUUUCUUCUUUCUUUCUUUCUUUUCUUCCUUUCGUUCGGUCGUUCGUUCGUUUGUUCGCUCACUCAUUCACUCACGCACUCACUCAUUCACUCACUCAUUCACUCGCUCGCUCGUUACGUGCUUGAUUUAAUCCUCUAAAUUAUUUCUCCCAACACACGCGGUAAUCGAAGACAAAACAAAAGGGGAGCACGUGGUUGGUACUUCCGCUGAUUGUACGGCACUCGAAAUUGACGUUGUCUCGCACGAAAAUUUUGAGAACGUAAUGAAGCGGCGAAUACACCUUCUACAGUUUCUGUCAAAUCUCCUUACUUUCUCUUUUACAUCUCUUGUGCACGACUUUACUUGUUGUAGCCUACGAAAUAUAGAAAAUAUGGAGCGUCUUUGUAUUUGAAAACUUUUGUAUUACGAUAGGAGUAAAUCGGGCUUAGAAUAAAUCAGUGAAUGAGACGAAA